UACAUGAUCACUGUAAUUAUAGCCAACUCAAUAGUAACAAAGUGGGUCAAUGGUACGACUUGCUCCAUGAAGUGCCAAACAGUAGUGGAGCUCCCGGUUUCAAGAGGAGAGACAAGUUGCUAUUUCCUCACUAUUAAGGCUAGGAAUACAAAGGGAGACAGUUUUUCUGUCUUCCACGAUUACCUUUUAUCAGUUACAGAAGAUUUGAUGCUCUGUGAUACUCCCGAGUCAACAGCCAAUGGCAGACUAAUCAAUUAUGAUAACUCUUCAUCAAACUCUCUCAGGUUGGGUACUAACGUCAGCUAUCAGUGCAAUGAUGGACUGAUUCCUAACGAGGAGAAAAUAAGCACCUGUAGCAAUGUUCUGGGAGAAGCAAAGUGGAUUCCAGAUCCUUCCCAGUUUGUGUGUAGAAAAAGAGAAGAUUCUGUAAAAGAAAUUUCUCUUACUAUCAAUCAAGUUGCUGUGAUAUGUACAACUGUAACAUUCAUUGUGGCAAUGGUUUCUGGUUGUGCUGGUGGUGCUCUCUUGACAUACUGGGUCAUGCGUAAAAAGACAGUGUUCUCCCCGGCAGCUGAAGGACAAAUAAAUGUAGGACCCACUGUACCAGCUGAUCCUAUUUAUGAGGAGGUGUCACCCAAAGAAAAGAUUGAAAUGAACACUAACCAAGCUUAUGGACCAUGCAGUGUUAACUUAUAAA